AAGACUCGCCCAGAUACAAACACAAAACUCUCUUCCCCAGUCCUUACUUCACACAUGGCGUCGAGAUUCAAGCGUCAGCGAGCCAAGGCGUUGAACCCUGCAUCAGCAGGAGGAGCAGCAACGUCCACUCCGGCGUUCGGAGACGAGGACGACUACCUGUCCGCGUCGUUUGUGGUCGAAGAACCGAACAAGCCGCGCGGCAAGCGAGCGCAGCAAGAGGCAGACCCAGAGCGGGGAAGAGUGCUGUCCAAGAAAGAUAUCGCCAAGAAGAUGGAGGACAGAAGAGAGGAAGGGUUGCAGCAGAAGAUAGGGGAGGAGAACGCAGGCUUUAAACUGCUCAUGAAGCUGGGGUACAAGGGAGGGGGGCUCGGCAAGGACGGCGAGGGCACAACGAAGCCGUUGAUGCCGGAGCUGAAGCAGGGUCGGGCAGGGUUGGGCAAGGAGUCGGAGUCCAAGCGAAAAAAAGAGGAACAGAAAGAGCGGGCUAAAAGGAAAGCUUCCCGAGACGCCGAACAGGAGGUGCAAAGGCGGGAACACUUUCGCAUGUCCAAGGCGGCGCACUUCGUGGAUAGGCGCUUGCAGCAAGACCUCAGCCGAGCCCGGAGGCUGGUCGAGAGCCUGGACGAAACUUCGGGAAGGACAAGGUCGAUCAUGUGGCCGGACGAAGAGCAGGAGAGCUUAGACGAGGAUCCCAAUGGCGGCGGCGGCGGCAGUUACUUGAACGACCAGGGCCGGAGGGGCGGCAUCGACACCACAGCUGGGCCUUUACAAGCAUGGGAUGGAACGGACAGCAGAGGGGAGACCCUCUCUAAGGAGCGUAAGGAAGCAAAGGGGGAGGCAAGCACUAGCGAGGAAGGGAUGGGGGAGGACGGGGGGCUUCGAGAAGAGUGGGACCUCAUGACGGCGGAUGAAAAGCUAUCGGCGUGCCUGGCCUACCUCCGUGCGAGCUACUCGUACUGCAUGUACUGCGCCUGCCGGUACGAAGGUCCGCGAGAUCUGCAGGACUCGUGCCCCGGGCCUAGCCGGAGCGAUCACGACGACGAAGAGAUGUAA